GUUGCAACAUUGGCUUUGGAUUCAAAAUUCACCACAAAAUUUUACCACGGUGAUUUCCAAACAAAUUCUAGCAAAUUUCCAACAACAAUGAUGUCAAUAUAUCUAACAGACAUCGGCGUGAUAUAAUUUACAUAAACAACUGUGAUAAAAAAUUUUAACAUCGGCACUCUUUAAUACAUAUUCACCACACUCAAUUGCUGCAAUUUACAAAAGUAUACUUUUUAUACAACAAUCAAGUUAUAUAAUUUACAACAACAUAUAUAUAUAUAUAUCAAAUCAACAAUCAGAACUCUUCAUUUGUGUAACAACAUAAUACCAUCAAGUUCUCAUACAUUUCAUGACCACAUCAGCAUCAGCAUAUGUAAAUAUGGAUAGCGAUAUGCCCACUACACCAACGCCAGCCGUGCGGUCAACAAUCCACGUAACACGCACGGGGCCCACUCCAGCCCCUCGCAACCCUGCGACCAUAGCGCCACCAACCGCUGCCCGUGCAUCGCGCACGAACCCGACGCCGGUACCAGCAGGUCUGCAGCGCACCCGAUGCCCCCUUUGUCGGCGCCCACAUCGGUUGCCACACUGCAGCAUAUUCAAGAAGAUGCUACCGCUGCUACGACAACAGGUCGCCCAGGCACAUGGCCACUGCCUGAAUUGCUUGGCGACUACCCACUCCACGCCGGAGUGUACUUCCAGCUAUGGGUGCCAAAUAUGCAUGCGGAUGCAUCACACCCUCCUACAUCGAGAUGGCGGACAACAACCCGCCCCCCAUGACCGUGGUACAAACCGACGCUCGCAGACGAACCAUGUUGCACGUAGGCAACCUCAGCAUUCUCGCAGUCGACGCCCACACUAUAGCCCAUUCACGCGCCGCCGUCCACACAGGUCGCCGUCUCGCCGGUCCACUGGGCUCAGCAAUGUGGUGGCCACUUUACAGCAGUUGCAACGACUACUAGGCUAAUUACUCGCCUAGGGGGGCCGGGAUGUCCAAAUGAGUCUCAGCCAACACACCAGACACACCAUCACACCACAUUUUUUAAUCUAACACACAACACUGACAUCAUCACCACACCACAUUUUACACCACGUUCUAACACCCACACAAUGAUACCACCCACUCAAGAGAGCAGCACACACCAAUGCGCAAACUAUACGCCAACCCAAAAGAACAAAAGGACAGACAACAUGAUCGGACAGGCUCUUGCGCUACGAUAUCGGUCCGAGACGCACGAAUCCCUUAGGCGAAUUUUCACGUUUUUGGCAGUCAUCCCGUUCGAAAUUGAAUUUACCUUUUGUAUUUUUUUUUAAUUCAAAAUUUGUAUGAACAUUAAUAUAAUAUAAUAAUUGUUAGAGUUAUUAUUAUUGAAAAAACAUAAGCGUGUGUUCGACCUUAAUUUGAAAUAUACAAUCAGACGGUAAGUGCGAGGAAGG